GGAGGUAGUAUACGUGGUAACCGGAGCCGGUGCUCAGUCCUCCUUUUCCAAGAUGUCGGUGUUCGGGCCAGUGGUGAAAAUUCACCCCGUCGUUCUCGCCUCUAUCUGCGACUCUUACGAACGAAGAAAUGAGGGAGCGAGUCGUGUGAUCGGGACCCUGUUGGGUACAAUUGACAAGCACUCUAUUGAGGUGACCAACUGCUUCUCUGUCCCCCACAAUGAGUCAGAAGAUGAGGUGGCUGUGGACAUGGAGUUCGCCAAGAACAUGUACGAGCUCCACAAGAGGGUGUCACCCACUGAGGUCAUCAUCGGCUGGUAUGCCACAGGCUUUGACAUCACAGAACACUCAGUGCUCAUUCAUGAGUACUACAGCCGUGAGGCCUCCAACCCCAUUCACCUGACCGCGGACACAGCACUGCAGAGUGGCAAGAUGAACAUCCGCGCUUACGUCAGUGCACAGAUGGGUGUGCCAGGAAAGACAGUUGGUGUGAUGUUCACCCCACUGACUGUCAAGUAUGUCUACUAUGACACUGAGAGGAUAGGCGUGGACCUUCUCCAGAGGACACGUGUAACUCCCAGUCGCACCAAGGGGCUGACCUCUGAUCUGUCCCAGGUGGCUGGAUCUGCAGCCAGGAUACAGGACAUGCUAACCACCGUGCUUGCAUACAUUGAGGACGUGCUGUCUGGCAAGGUGACAGCAGAUAACAGCGUUGGCCGCUUCCUGAUGGACCUGGUCAACAAGGUGCCCACCAUCUCAGCCGAGGACUUCGAGAACAUGCUCAAUUCCAACAUCAAUGACCUGUUGAUGGUGACCUACCUGUCUAACCUGACCCAAGCACAGAUUGCUCUAAAUGAGAAGCUGGUGCUGCUCUGAGGGGAUUUCUUUAAAGUGAUUCAUAUUUAAUUUUUGUACACUUUUUUUUUUUUUUUUGGCUGAGAUGAAUAAAGAUGUUAAACAGUCAUACAGAGUUCAUUCCCCUCUGGCUCCAGGCGUUGUCCUUGCCUUGGUAGUAUUGUAAUUACAAAUAACACAGUUAUGGUUUCCCCUCAAACUGCUAAUGAACAUUACAGUAAGGGUUAUAAUGCUAAUGUAAUCUGGCUUUUUGAAUUAAUGUUCCAGAGCCACACUUAAGACAGCUCACAUUUACCACUGUUAACUCCCUGCGGCGCUGCCUUUGUGAUAGUUGACAAAAAAAAUGUAUUAAAAUGUUAAUUUUU